ACCCCGUGUGUGUAUAUGUAGUAAAGCUCUUCAUCAGUCCCGCUCUAUUUCACUCAGAUCGGAGCUGUAAUUUCAAAAAGAAAAGAUGCCAGAAGUAGAAUCAAGCUGUAAUUUUCGAAAUGCAAAUCCUACAGUUGAUCCCAUUGAUCAUCUUCCACUCUCUCUUCUCCGAUCUGAAUUCAUCCCGGCCGCACCCACCCGAUCUGUAUCAGCAAUCGACUGGUUACCGGAGUUUGCCGGUUACUCAUGGGUGGCGUACGGAGCAUCUUCUCUCCUGGUGAUCUCUCAUUUUCCGUCUCCACUCUCCCAAGAAGAAACCCUAAUUGGUCCGAUUUUUCGACAAAUUUUCGAGCUCUCCGAUGAUUCAACGCCCGUCACCGCCGUGUCUUGGUCCCUGGCAAUUCCUUCAAUUGGCGGCCUCGCUGCUGCCUCGGGGAAUUGUAUCUAUGUCUUUACUCAUGAUUCGGGGAGCUCUAAAGGUUCUUUUUGUUGGAGCCAGAAUGCAGUACUCAUACAACUUGCAAAGGUGGAGGCAAUUCAAUGGACAGGGUCAGGGGAUGGGAUCAUUUCCGCUGGAAUUGAGGUCAUUUUGUGGAAAAAGCAAAACACAUCCUGGGAAAUUGCUUGGAAGUUUAAAGAGAAUCAGCCUCAAAAUCUUGUUUCUGCAACUUGGUCCAUUGAGGGACCUUCUGCAACCGCAGCUUAUAUGUAUAAACCAGACCUUGUUGGAUCUAAUGAGGUAGGCAAGUGUGUUUUGAUUUGUUACAGUGAUGGAAAAUCUGAAUAUACAAAAGUCAGGUUACAUCAUCCUCAGCCUAUUGUAAUGAUUCAAUGGAGGCCAUCACAAAUAAGGCAGGGAGAUGCAAAACAUUCAUCUAGGCAUGUGCUGCUGACAAGCUGCUUAGAUGGAACUCUAAGAUUAUGGAGUGAGAUGGAUAGUGGGAGGGUUAAAAAAGUUGGCAGGGAUGUUAAUGAUAAUAAAACCAUGAGGCGAUCUUUUUGUGUUGUUGCUGUGAUUGAAGUAAAUCAGGCCUUGGAUGGAGACCUUGGAAUGGAUGUAUUUUUUACAUGGGCAACAGAAAACCGAAGUAUGUUUAAAUCCAGUGAAGGAGACAACCAAUUUAUUACUGCUGAAUUUGAGCAUGGAGGGGCUGGCAAAUGUGAGUGGUUAAUUGGGUUUGGUCCUGGAAUGCUGGUCACUUUCUGGGCUAUCCAUUGUCUUGAUGACAUCAAUCCCUUAAGGUGCCCACGAGUUACAUUAUGGAAGAAACAAAGCCUGGAAUCUGGAACUCUUAGUAGAGCUGAUUUUUCAAGUUUUAAGGAGCAACUAAUUCUUAAUAAAGUUGUCAUUUCAAGAAACUCCCUUUCUGGUCCUCCAACUCUUUGUUCUUUGAUUCGUCUAUCACCUUGUAACUCCUUAGUCUGGUCCUUUUUGCACACCCAAACAUCAAAAAGUAUAGAGGAUAUAUCUCCAAAUGAAUCUCAAACGGGAAAGUUCUUGCCAUUUUCAGCAUGUGGGGUUUUAGAUAUGGAUGGCCACACGGGGAAAAUCUUACAAGUUGCUGUGCAUCCUUGUGCCUCUGAAGUUGAACUUGCUGUUUCUCUUGACUCUAAUGGGUUGCUGUUAUUCUGGUCUCUUUCGACCAUUUCAAAUAGCAUCUCUGCCUUCCCAACGUUGAUUCCUACAUGGAAACUAUGUGGAAAACUUGAAACUCAAGGUUUGUGUUCGAAAUAUACAUCCUUGAGCUGGGCUCCUUCAAUGCUGCUUGAAGACAGGGUUCUUCUUAUGGGUCAUGUUGCAGGAAUAGAUUGCUUUAUGGUAAAGGUUUCUAUAACUGAAGAGGAUGAAAUAUCAUGUAAUUACAUAUGCACUAUACCUCUUAGUGGUCAUAGGGUUUAUGAGGAAGGUCCUUCAAAUAUAUAUACUAUACCUUUGCCUUCUUGUAACAUUAAAAUGGUAAAGUAUAAUAAAUUUAUGCUUUUGGUUUGGAUGAAUGGGUUUGAGGCCUUAUCAUGGGAAAUCACCUUUCACCCUGUUGAUUUACUGGGAAGUUGCUGUGAAUGUAAUGUUGAAGAUAAUUUUGUUAAAGGCAUUGCCUGGAAGUUUGAAAUUUCUACUACUGAUAAAAGAUAUUGCAUUGUUGUCUGUCUGCGCUCAUCCCAAUUUCCUGAGGCUCACACAAAUAAUCAAAUUACUAGUUUUGCUGUGGUCUGUCCAAGUAGUCUGACACCUGUGGAUAAAAAAUUAGCUGAUGAUGAUAUUUGCAGCAAAAUUCCUGCAUAUACUAUGGCAACAGGCUCCUCUGAGGGUAUUUUGAAACUGUGGCGAAGUAACCUUGGCAGCCUCAACCCUGACAUGCAAUGGGAGCUUGUAGGUAUGUUUGUUGCACAUCAAGGUCCUGUUUCUACUCUGUGCGUAACUAAUUGUGGCCGGAAGAUUGCAACUGUUUCUUCUAAAAGUGAUUCAAAUGCUGUGAGCACACUUUCUGUAUGGGAGUCUGUAUACCUUACAGGUUUUGGCAGUUUCAUAUUGGAAGAUACAUUAUCCUUUGACAGAAGUGUUGUUGCUGUAAAUUGGCUAACUUUUGAAAAUGGUCAAUUCUUACUUGGUGUGUGCAUGGAGAAUGAGCUGUGGAUAUAUGCACAGAGGCGCUGUGGCGGUCAGACUUUGCUGAACUCUAAAAAGUCUUUGAAAAUGCAAAUUUGGUUGUGCAUUGCAUUUGCUCAUACUUCUUCUGCUAUUCAUGGCCUGUUUUCUGGUCACAGGGCCACAGCUAUUGUUGUGCACAAUAGCUACUUUAGUCUAUUUAGUAGGUGGCUGUUUCUCACUGACAAAGAAAAUCAGGGCAAAUGCCAUUCAAAUUUUGUCAAGGACAACUCUUCUUGUCUUGACUAUGGAACAGGGACAAACGAUCUUUGUGCUGUGUCCACUGGUUGUGACAUUGGUGCUUCCAAAGUUUCAUCAGUUGAAGAUCUUAGAAGGGAAUGCAAGUCUCCUCUUUCUGUGAUGACCGAUAUGAAAAGUGAUCUACCAAGAUAUUUGUUUGUAGAAAGUGAUCAACUUCAAUUUGGUUCAGGAAUCAUGCUUGGUUCCUGGAGCUUGCUGGAAAUUGCUGAGAAGUAGGGAUCUUUGCCUGCUUAUCAUCCUGAGGCACUCCUCACAAAUUUAUAUUCAGGGAAUUGGAAACGUGCAUAUAUAUCUGUCAGGCAUCUCAUUGAAUACCUUACUGCACUUGAUGUCUCAGAGAAGAGAUGUCCCUCCACAAAGUCUGGCCAUAUUGUCCCACAGAUCCUUUUGUCAAAUUAUUAUGAAGGGUUUCUUUCCAAAGGUUCUGCCAAUAAUGAAUUUAAAUGGAGUGGGGUUGAUACAUCGAUGACAUCUUCUUCACAGUUUAAUGGAGGCAUUACUGAGUUUGCUUACAAUUUUGAGUCAGCUGAUGCUUCCACUUACAUGAUUAAUUCAUCUUCUCCGAAAUCUGAACUUUGUGGCUUAGCUGAGUCUUUUGAGAAUUUAAAUGGCCUACCAGCUAUAUCCACCAUAGAUAAAAUGGAAAUUCUUGCAGUUGUUGAUCUACUCAAGGAAGUUAGUAAUAUGCAGUCCGCUUCAGCCUACGAAAAUCUUGAUGAACCUGGCCGAAGGUUUUGGGUGGCAUUAAGGUUUCAGCAACUACACUUUUCUCGAAGGUUUGGUAGAUUGGCAUCUGUGGAAGAGUUGAUGGUUGAGUCUAGGCUUAUAGGAUGGGCUUUCCACUCUGAUUGUCAGGAAAUUUUUGGUUCUGUUCUAACUAAUGAACCAUCUUGGCCAGAAAUGCGGGCACUGGGUGUUGGAUUUUGGUUCGCUAACAUGACACAAUUGCGUAUAAGGAUGGAGAAACUGGCAAGAACACAGUACCUGAGCAAAAAUCCUAAAGACUGUGCACUUUUAUAUAUAUUCUGA